GGAACUAAUGUGGUCUGUAAUCUUCAGGUUCCUGUCCUUGAUAUCUUAAUUGGAACUGUUCGCUGCCAUGUUGGAAUGCGCACUCUCAUUGUCAAGAGGCAUUCCAAGAAUCAAUAUUGAUGACGCAAAGAAGAACUCAACGCAAGCGCAGUAUUUAUUUACCUGCAAAGGAAGAGGAGGGAUGUCGUCUAGCGCCAGCAUGAUUGUUGUGCUCUGUUUAGGGCUGUUUUUGACAGUUGGGGACGCUGCCUUACAAAAAGGUUCGUCCAUCAGACAACGCCGUAGCCUCAUGAACCUUAGUUCAAUGGUAUCAGAUGUAACAGGACGACAAAGCACAGACUUCGUUUCUUAUGGAAACUACUGUGGUCUUGGUGGUUCCGGUCAGCCAGUUGAUCCAAUAGACGAAUGCUGCCAAAUCCACGAUUUGUGCUACAAUCUUUCUUCCAAAGGCGCUUGUCGCAGCUUAGGAGAAAAGGGCGUAUAUCAAGUAAAUUACCAGUGGAGUAAAGCGAAAGAUGGCUUGGCUGUUUGUGAUAACGACCAAGACACAUGCAAAACCACCAUUUGCAUGUGCGAUGCCAUGCUGACUAACUGCUUGAAAAACAACCUGGAGUUCUACAACAAUGAAAAUCUGCAUAAAUUGAGUCUAUUCGAAUUACUCCAAGAAGCCAAUUAUGUUUCUGAACCUUAAAUAUCACUUCUCAGCUCGGAUCUCAUGCUUUUUGCAAAACAUUAAAGUUUCAUUUAUUUAUUUCA